GUGAUCGGCUCGGAAAACUGCAAAGGGUUAUUUCUUCCGCAAAUGUCGUUCAUUAUUGGCGCUUGUGGCUACAGGAUCGAUUGGCCUGGCCGAAUGGACCAUGCUUGAUAUGGGAGGUUUAUCACUUCGGAAUUCCUUAAGUCGCCGAUAUAAUGCCUUACUGCGUUUCAGUUUCCCUCCCUAGCCUGUCUGCCUCCUUGUGCUACACCACUGGCAUGUCAACGACCACGAAGUUCCCAUCGGUGGGACUUCGGGUCCUCACGUCCAUAGUACAGCUUAUUGGAGUCUCAAUACUCUCUUAUUUCAUCUCAAGGAGACUACGCUACGAAGACUUCAAGUCCUUGCACGGCAUUAAAGAGAUCAGUUGGCCAAGGCUUCUCGUUGUUUUAACAUUUACAGACUCUUGGUUGUUCAUAUUUACCACUGGAGUUCUUAUACAUGGUGCAGGUCUGGAGUCCAGUGUGGGCAUUUGCACGGCAGCAAUCGCUGUCUGCAUAGCAUUCUAUACGACGUCAAAGAUAUUCAUAUGGUUAUUCCUCGCUGAGAAGGUGUAUGUUGUUUGGUCCUCGACACAAUUCAAGUCCCGGUUCCGCUUCAAGUGCCCUGUUUAUCUCGUCUGUUUCUUCAUGGUGAUGGGCUACGCUGGUAUUUGUACACUACUUGUCUAUCAACAUGUUUCGUACUUUCGAGACGAUGGCGCAUGUGUCAUAGGACUCAAAGCCCUCGGUACCAUACUGCUUUUGUCGUGGGAUAUGACCAUCAAUGUUGGUCUCACAGGGCUAUUCUUAUGGCCACUCAUCCGCCAUCGGUUCAAGAAUGUCUAUCUCCGUAAGGUGGCCAAGCGAGCGGUCAUCGCAUCCUUCCUCACGCUGGUAGCCUCAACUAUCAACAUCCUGUUGCUUACCAUUAUGGAUGGUCAGCAAUUAGGUUGGGUCUGCCUUACAAGCUGCGGUGCUGAUGUUAUUGCUAACGCUAGUGUAUUAUUCUGGGUGACGUCCGGAACAGGUCUCCGCCCACAGUUAUCCGUCGCUCGAAACGAACUACUUGCGGUCGGCGAUUACGGCAACAGUCACGACAACUCUUAUUAUGGGGGACGAGCCAUAUCGAAGAAUGCACAAAGUAUGACGGAGAGAGAUUCAGCUUCACUCGCCAGUACAUUACCAACUUCAUCCUUCCAUGGGCCGCCUCAGGAUUGCCCAUCGUCUUCCAACAUGAGGAACACUUCGACGCCUUCAAUAAUAGGGCAUCCGGAUCUUGAUUGGAAUGUCCCAGCGGAAAACUCAAUGGGAGAGACGCGGAUGACCGCGGAUGGUUUUGAAGAGGAAGGCUUUGCGAGUAGGAGCAAAAGAUCAAUUCUCGACGUGCGAUCUGCACAUUGGGAACCACCAUCCUCCACUCAUUUGCAUCAACUGUCUCGACAAGUGAGUGAGAGCACUGUAAGGGAAGAUGAAGCAGAAUCACAAAAAAAUUCAGUCGCCAAUAAUUAUCGGCAGAGUGACACGUCAACUCUUACGAUGGUUUCCGACGACUCGAGUAAACAGGAAGUUAGAGCUGAUGAGUCUGCGAGUCAGCUCUCGAAAAGUCGUGUCUCGUUCGUAGUCGAGGCUAGUGGCAGGUAACAAUUAAGGAGGGUGCUUGAAAGCACAUCGGCUGCGUUGAAGGUAGAAGCAUGGACUCGUACGGACUCAUGUUGUUUGUUCUUUUGGAAUUACAAAAGAUACUAUCAAUGCAUUGCCAUUGUAAUCAACUUUGCCUGACUACUCGAAUAUUGUAGCCCGAGCAUGUACGUUGGCAUCACUAGAGACUCAAUAACGAGACUUAGGUCAA